CCUAGUGCGUCAAACUAAGAUGUCCCAAACUGACCGCGAACAUAAGUGCGUAACUGUAUAGUCAGGAACCCCCAUAUUAACUGACCAAUGGUGAACAUCAGUGGGCUUAACAGCAUAUCCAGGAAUUAACCGUCAGGUAGUUUAUGUCCCGUUCAUGACAACUCGACUGAAGAGCUUCCAAGACAAUUAAAUCACCCUUAAUCCUUCUUUUGCACAAGUGUGCCGGAGUUGAAAGUAAUGCUGCAUGGGUAAAUUGGACCCGCCAGUAGCCCGUUCUGGCGAUUGUACAGCGAUGCAACCUCUGAGCAAACUGAAAUCCAACAAGGCGCCCAUGUACCUACAUUUUGUUUUUGGCAAUUUGAGAAAUUCGUGCUCAUCUAUGGGAUAAAUAGAUUUUUUCCUAAACACUUGAAUUACAUUUUGUUGGUUAGGUUUAUUUACUUUAAGUAGACACACGGGUGGAAUUGCAUUCCACUCUCAAAUAGUCACACUCACAGUUUCGUCAUCAACGUCAUGACGGAGGAAACUCAAUCCGAUCAAGUGUUUAGGCCAGUUUGGGAUGUAUACAAAACUAAGGGGUACACGCUUCAACGUUUUGUACUGAAGACCACUAACGUCUAGAUUUGAACUCUUUUGAUACUAGUUCCUAGAAGGCUUAAAAGCACCACUUAACUCAGUUUUGUGUUUACGAAACACGCCUAUGGAACCCGCCCAGGGUAUCGGCCACUUCUCAACUAGGCAUGCCUGGUAGCAAUGUAACGACUUUAAUGAAGUUCUGUGAAACUACUGCAACAUACGAUACUAUAGGCUUCACAUUUAGGAUCUGAAGCCAAAUGGAGAUCCCCGAGGAAGUCCUCGCGCACAUAUUCUCCUACCUGUCUGUAAAGGAACGCGACAACGCAAGCACAGUAUGUAAGAAGUGGAAUCAAUCCAUGAGCCACCCACAGGUGUGGUGCUACACGGAUGUCAGGUGUGAGUCUGGGGAACAGGAGGAUCCUGCUCUGCUACGCUUCUCUUCUCUUCUCCCAUUGGUCCGCCACCUGCAGAUCACUGUCAGUCCGUUGAGCGAUCCAGCCAAUCGGAGGGCAGCCCUGUCAGUUCUCCACCUGUCUGCCAGCGGGUCCCUGAGAUCCCUCUCUCUGUCCUGCUCUGGAGAUGUCCCUCUCUUCUACUCAGGGCAGGACUUGCUGGAGGGGCUGGAGGUUGCUCUGAUUGCCUCCCCGGAGCAUGUGGGAGGAGCCUUCCUCUCCCACCUGGAUCUGAGGGGCGUGCCCUUCACCCUCAGCCAAUCCGUGGUGAUAGGUGUGGCCCGGCAGUGCCCCAACCUAAAGAGUCUGCUGGUGAACAACCAGACUUUGGUGUGUAAUGUGGGACCAGUGGCUGUGCUGGAGGUGCUGGGGCUCUGUCCUUUCCUCUGUUCCCUGGGGCUGUUCUAUGUCAGCUUGUCCCAGGCAGUAGUGGAUGAGCUGUUACUGCCUCAACGCUGCCCCCUUCUGGUCAUGGAGCUGUACUGUGAGCGUUCUGCCAAAUACACUCCCCCUCUGGAGGACCAUGUCUGGGCCAAACUGAAGCAGAGACACCCAAGGUUAAAGGUGAAUCUGAUAUUAGAUCACACUCUCCCCAUGGAGCGUUUUGACUCUGUCCUUCAGCCAAGCGUCCCACUGCAGCGCCUGGAACUCCUUACCUUCACGGACCUGGUCCAGCAGACACGCUGCGUUGCCCGGAGUUACAGCCACACCCUGGAGACAAUCAUCCUGCAGACAACCUCGUCUCCAGAGCUGGACGCUGCCCUGUGCUGCCUGGCUGCAGCGUGCAGUCUCCUGAGGGAAGUCCACUGUUACUGUGUGGUGUCCCAUGAUGUCAUCAGGGCCUUCAAAGAUGGCUGCCCAUUCCUGUGGAGAUACACACUGAAGACCCGCAAGGAACCGCAUCCGUGGAGAUGCACCGUCCUUAAAGUUCCACGACAGUCGUCUCCUCGCCUUUAACACUGUAUAUCCCAAACAAAAGGCCUGUCACAUCCAGUGUUCCAGGACAGGGUGGGGGUUGCCAGGUUGUUUCAUCCAGUGUUCCAGGACAGGGUGGGGGUUGCCAGGUUGUUUCAUCCAGUGUUCCAGGACAGGGUGGGGGUUCCCAGGUUGUUUCAUCCAGUGUUCCAGGACAGGGUGGGGGUUGCCAGGUUGUUUCAUCCAGUGUUCCAGGACAGGGUGGGGGUUGCCAGGUUGUUUCCUCCAGUGUUCCAGGACAGGGUGGGGGUUCCCAGGUUGUUUCAUCCAGUGUUCCAGGACAGGGUGGGGGUUGCCAGGUUGUUUCAUCCAGUGUUCCAGGACAGGGUGGGGGUUCCCAGGUUGUUUCAUCCAGUGUUCCAGGACAGGGUGGGGGUUGCCAGGUUGUUUCAUCCAGUGUUCCAGGACAGGGUGGGGGUUCCCAGGUUGUUUCAUCCAGUGUUCCAGGACAGGGUGGGGGUUCCCAGGUUGUUUCAUCCAGUGUUCCAGGACAGGGUGGGGGUUCCCAGGUUGUUUCAUCCAGUGUUCCAGGACAGGGUGGGGGUUGCCAGGUUGUUUCAUCCAGUGUUCCAGGACAGGGUGGGGGUUCCCAGGUUGUUUCAUCCAGUGUUCCAGGACAGGGUGGGGGUUCCCAGGUUGUUUCAUCCAGUGUUCCAGGACAGGGUGGGGGUUGCCAGGUUGUUUCAUCCAGUGUUCCAGGACAGGGUGGGGGUUCCCAGGUUGUUUCAUCCAGUGUUCCAGGACAGGGUGGGGGUUCCCAGGUUGUUUCCUCCAGUGUUCCAGGACAGGGUGGGGGUUGCCAGGUUGUUUCAUCCAGUGUUCCAGGACAGGGUGGGGGUUCCUCGGUUGUUUCAUCCAGUGUUCCAGGACAGGGUGGGGGUUGCCAGGUUGUUUCAUCCAGUGUUCCAGGACAGGGUGGGGGUUGCCAGGUUGUUUCAUCCAGUGUUCCAGGACAGGGUGGGGGUUCCUCGGUUGUUUCCUUUUUGGUUUUGUAUAGAUCCUUGUAGGUUCAGGACAGCAACAUCACACAUUCCCAAGAAAACUUCUCGAAGGGUGAAUGUUCGUGUGUUUGCUCCAUUUUUAGCUUUUCAUCACUAAGAGCUACAAACUCACCUGAGUGCAGGAAGAGCCUGUGAUGCUGUGAACAGACACCCACAUCUCACCAACUUCCUCUACAACUAAUCCUGCUGGCUCUGUCUCAUUAACUUCAGAAGUCUGAAGGAGACGUCCUCUACAUCAGAGACAUCUACAGACUAUGAGGAAGGCUGUGGUCUGUCUGUUUGGUUAAUAAAGGCGAUGUUGGAAUGCCAGA